AUGAAAAAUGAAAUGUGUAUCCAUUAUCAUUAUUUCACUUCUUUUAAAACGAUUCUGAUUGAUGAUGAUCCAGUGGCUGUACCAGAUCAUCUACAAAGAACAGGUGAUGAUAUUGAAUGGGGUAUCAUUGAUACAAUCAAGUUACCAAAUUUGCAGAAGGUCAAGAUAGAUUGCUUUGUGGCGUUAGAGGGUUAUGAUGAAGAAGGAAAGAUUGGAUGUGUUACCCAGAUCUUGGGCAAUCGCAAAGGUGGCCAACAUGUUUGUUACAUUGAGUUAGAAAUAUAUGGUUUAACUACAGAUCUUGUAGCUUUCUAUGGUAUGCGUGGACUGGUUAAAUUACCACAAAGAGUCUGGGUGACAGGGAAAGACAUGAAUCGAGUUGAUACUUGGACUUUAAACAGGCAGUCACAUGUGUGUUGA